AUGAGCGCGUCGGCGGCAAGCGCGAUCGGCGGCCGCGACGCCCACCGCGACUCUGCGCAUCUCACGAUUGCGCAUCGCGCGGGAGUUUGCUUCACGCCCCCGGCCCUGUGCGUGAGCCAUGAUAAUGACCUCCACGAAUUUCAGGAAGUCGCGGCCGACGCCCCCGUACAAGUCGAAGACGAGAGGAGCGCACGUGAAACACUGCGCCGUGCACGCCUCCUUGUAUUUCCUCCUCUUCAGUUGUUCGUUCGCUGCCGCGUGCAGUGGUACCGUCGUCCUACAUCUCGGGUCUACCUGCCCGUUUCUCUUGAUCACCUGACAGACGCGGACGACCGCGAGAAUGCCCAACGUCGCGGGAUAGACGCCCUUAAUGAUGAUUUCUGGGAAGAGAUCCUUUUCGUCCGCCCCGACGACGCCGUUUUCGUCUCCCCCGAGUUCCUCUCCGUCCAGCCCGGAGAGUAUAAUGGAGCCCGGACGUCUUCACCUCGAAGAAAGUCCUCGUCCUCAGAUUACUCUCGACGACGCGGAGGACCGCGACGUGCGACGCGUCGCGUCCGCCGAGGCAUGUGUCCUCGUUGUCAGCGAGGACGCGAAAGCUGAACACGUCGUCGGAGGGGAACCCGGGGCCGUUUCGAGGCCUCAACCUACCCACCCGAUCGCUUCUUGCACCGCGAGCACGUGCACAGCUUCCGCUCGUUGUACACCUUCCGACCGCCACGCGUCCAUCCGCGCAUUCCGCAGCUUCCUCGGCGUCUCCUCUCCACUGUGCCUCACAAAAGCCAAUGUGACGAAAUCGAGUGGAACAGGAUGACUGCACUGAAAAG